AUGGCCCCUAAAAGAGAACCGUCCAUUAAGAAGUCUCCAUCGCCUGUAGCCCAGCAGCCCAGACUGGGGCCUCCAUUCCCCUGCCUGCCCUCAGCUAACCCUGCCCAGCCAAGGUCAGCUCCAGAGCAGAAACCCAGGAUGCUGCGACCCUCUGACUCUCCAUUUGACCCCAGCACCAUGGAGGUGAGUGGAGGUGCUUGCCACAGCACCCAACUCUCUCUCUCUCUCUGUGUGUGUGUGUGUGUGUGUGUAUGUGUGUGUGUGUGUGUGUGUGCAUGUGUGUGUGCAGCAUUGGCAGGGCUAAUGUGGGACGCAGGCUUAAAAAUACAAGACAGAAUGACUAAUAUGGCUUUAUUAGGGUGUGCUGAAAAUGCUCCCAUCUUAUAAUAGACUGAAAAGCAGGCAAAGUGAUAGCCUGUAUCUUGAGAUGCAAACAAUCAAUCCAUUUUGAAAAUAUGCACUUUAUUACUAUUGUUUUGUCAUAGGAAAUUUUAAAGCUACAAAGCAUCUCAAAUCAUGUUUCUCAAUAUUAUGAUGUGCUUACAAAACGGAUGACACAAAUCCUCUUUCAAAUCCUCUUCCUAUUGUUUUAUCAGAGACUAAUAGGAACCAAAUUACCAGUAUCAUUCUGGGAUAAAGGUGAGUUGAAAACUAGGGCACCGCUAUAGAAGCUGUCAGUGACUGACUGACCUCCUCUGGGAGGAGGGAGUGUGCUCAUUUCUCUACAGGAGACGUUCAGAUUGAACCUUCCGCAUUUUCAUAUGUAUAUCCUGAGAGGAAGAUUAUAAAAAGGUUUGGUUAGAAAUGUAAAAUCACAGAUUGGUAGGGCUAUAUUUAGUCACCCACAUUAGCACUGUCACUCUGUUGUGAAACGUCCAUAGCUUCGCUCUCAUCAAUGCUACUUACUUUGCUAUAGAAUUAGUCAGUGCUUGACUUGGACUGAAACUGGUGCCGGUACUCAUUUUGUUUAUAUUUAGGUACAGGAGCUCCACUACUUUUGAGCUAAUAUUCUAUUAGAGGAAAAUGAGCUCAAGCAGCAGAAAAUGUGAGGUGCCAGUACUCAGCUCCGGUGAGAUUCGGCCCAAGUCAUCCACUGGAAUUAGUGUUCUGCUGCAUGUGUCUGUGUUGGGAGAGUUUAUAAAGGGGUCAAUAAACCCCUAGACUAUAUACACCCCUUGGCACUUCGUCCUCAUUGAUCAAAGAACUAGACAGGUUGUGGCCCAUAUAUCUGUUCGACUAGGUAUGCAACUCAAUGAGAUAAUCGCUGGACCUAAGGAAUCCAACACCAUUUUUGUCACAGGCCAAAAUUAAACACAACUGUAGUGUAGCUUGGCCUAUAACAGUUUCCAACAGUGUUACCAUGGACAGGGGCCAGGGCACGGGCCACUGCUACCCUGCCCUGUCCAUGGUUAUGCGUACUGCGCAGAUGCAGAAAAGAGCUAUGACGCGCAAGUAAACACUUCUGGGGCUGUGCUAGUACAAUGUUGCUUUCAAGACAACUGGGAACUCGGAUAAAUCAGAUGUAAAAUCAUGACGUCAGUGAUCUUCAGGACGGAAAGUGGGAGCGCUAGAAAGAGGCCCGAGUUCCUGACUAGGAAAUCCCGAGUUAGAUGACCAGUCUAAACGAUUUUUCCCAGUCCAAUAUCGUUUGUUUCCGAGUUCACAGUUGUCAUGAAUGCACAUGAAGUCGGAAUUCAGAGAUCUCCGAGUUCCCAGUUGUUUUUAACGCGGCAUUAGUUGGGCUUUCCCUCACCUCCGACCAGAUUCAUUCCUCCACCUCCGGAUAUCUUCGACACAGCCACAGAUAUGGUGGGUUCUUCAAUAACCUGGAUUAAAUAGAUAGCUAUCUAGCUUGCUACUCGAAAUGGUAUUCUUAUUUGGGAAUUGUGUGUCGAACUAGAUAACAGGUUGUUAACUUUACUUGCUAGCUAGCCAGUUUGCUUGAGCAGAGCCAGCUAGCAAGUUAUCGUAGCUAGAUAACGUUAGUUGCUUAACAGUACUCGCCAGUACUGUAUAGUAGCAACCCUAACUCCUUGAUAUACGUUGUCAUACCAGUAACUAUAUUUGCCACUGUCUCCAAAUGUCGCCCGGAUGUUAGUCUUUUUCUUACUGACUAGUAACUAGUUCCUAGCUAGGUAAGGUGAUAUAAAGUUGUCUGGCUAGUUAGCUAACAUUAGUUAGCUGGGUUAACUAGCCAGCCACUGCCUGGUCCUUGCCCACAGGGUUUAACAACAUCAUAGCUAACUUAAUCUUUCUUUGAACAGUCCGACUUCUCAGAAGAUCAAAUCAUGGGUGAGUUACAAACUAGUUAACUAGAUUAGCUAGCUAACUACUGUAGCUAGUUAAUUUCCAAAAACGUUAACUAUACCAACUCUUGCAUGCUGCGGUCCUCAACUCAGAGACCGAUGCAACUUUCCUUUUCUUCCUUGCUCGUCUGACGUUUUCCUUUUCUAGUUAUCAUACGCUUUAUGCUUUGUCUGUCAUUCCUCUAUAGUAGCAAAAUUACCACUCUUUUCUUUCUGUCCUUGCUUUUUUCUCACUCCAUAUGCAACUGGUUGUUCUUUCCAGAUUGAGUUUAACCUGGAUCAAAUACACGGUGAGUUAUUGGUGAAGGACCCUAACAUUUGGCCCUUGAGUCUGGGACCUUAAUUAACAGUGUUUAACGGCAUGUUGUUGGUCUGAUACGGUUGCGAUAGGCACACCAUGGAUGUUAGCCUACAAGUACAGUGUCACUGGUAUAUUUCAUGACACUCAGUGAGCAUAACCUAUUAUUUUAGCCCAUUGUGUCAUGUCUAUUUCCUGUUUUUACUGUCAAUAGUUGGGAUUAAACUAGCUAUAAACAGACUUUCUAUCUAUGUUAGUAAGCUCCGGUCUAGUAUGUGAGGUAGUAAUCGGCUCCUCGUGUGUGUUGGUGCAUUUCUAUAGACAGAGAAUCCACCUUUUGCAUACCAUAUGCUAGUUAGUAGUGUGUUUGCAUCAAACUGUAUGCAUUCCCAAUUGUCCCAUUCCCAUGUACCAUAAAAGUUUCCAUGCGAUCUAAACUAGCUUGUCAUCUCCCCUGGAGAGUUCCCUUUCCUUUUGUGGAGUUAGAAACAGACUAGUAGAUUGGUCUUCUCUGCUCCCUGGCUUGUUUAAUCAUUGUUGGCAUAAUACAGCUCUCCCUCCCACUCUCCUCCACUACCUUAUAUGGUGUUGGGAAAUGGAACUCAGCGGGCCAGGAGUGAAGAGGGAGGCACAUUCCUGAGAACAGGAAAAAGUUCCACAACAGACUAGUGUUGUCUGCCUACUAGAGUUCCGAAGGGAUAUCCCAUAGACCUACUCUGAAGGGUUGCGAUCAAUCCAUUUAAAUUCAGUUCAUUUGGGAAAUAGGCUAUAUUGAAAUGUAUCACUUUUUUAAAGGGUGCCAUUUAAGGUGUCAACACCCCCCCCCCCCCCCAGCUAGUCCCUGAACUCAAUUAAACUAAACAAUAGACCCAAUUAUCCUGGGUAGACACGUUCAGUGAGAUGCCACAGCAGUGUGUGUGCUAGCUAAGCAGUUAUUUUAGCAAAAAAUAUGUGACGUGAUACACAUUAUCAGUUGUUGGGCUAUAGACUGACUGGUGCGGGGCGGCAGGUAGCUUAGUGGGUAAGAGCGUUGUGCCAGUAACCGAAAGGUCGCUGGUUCUAAUCCCCGAGCCGACUAGGUGAAAAAUCUGUCGAUGUGCCCUAAAGCAAGGCACUUAACCCUAAUUGCUCCUGUAAGUCGCUCUGGAUAAGAGCGUCUGCUAAAUCACUAAAAUGUAAAUGUAAAUGGUGCUCAUUUUUUUCCCAGCAGUUUCUAGCAUGUUUGCAUUUUCCCCCCUCUUUUUUUUUUUUUCCCCUCCUAGCAUGUAACAUCUUCUUUUACACACUCACUCAUUUCGUUUCCCCUCCAAUCCUCACCUCACUCUCAUUGGAGAAGAGGAUCCAAUGACCCUCCAUUGGCCUUCCUCCAAUGAGCAGUGAGAGGGAGGUGAGGCAUUGAGGAAAAAGGAUGGUCAGACAGACAGUCACCCGUCCCUCUCUCUCCCUCCUCCAGAGUUUAAGGAGGCCUUCCUCCUCUUCGACAGAACCGGGGAUGGGAAGAUCAGCUACAGUCAGUGUGGUGAUGUCAUGAGGGCGUUGGGACAGAACCCUGUCAACGCUGAGGUCCUCAAG